AUGCCUGCUGCCUGUGAUUCAGUGCUUGAAGAUAUUGAAGAUAUUGUGUCAGCAGAAGAUGUGAAACCACACGAUCGGCAGUUUGUAAGAAAGAAUGUUCUCCCAAAAGUGCGAAAACGCAAGUCACAGAAAGAUGUUCAGACAGAUGAUGAUCCCCCAAGUGACAGCAUUAUUCCUGGUGUUCAGAAAAUCUGGAUUCGUACAUGGGGAUGUUCUCACAAUAAUUCAGAUGGUGAAUACAUGGCUGGACAGCUGGCUGCAUAUGGAUACACAAUUACAGCACAGCACAAGAUAUACGACCUCUUCGCGGUGAGUUUUUCCUACCUCAACUUCCUCAGCAUCAACUUCACGUUCCUGUUAGGCAAUGUUCUCUUAAGUGGGGUAUCCAGCUUUGAGGAUGUUGCCUCAUACGGGAUAGAACUCCUAGUUCUCAAACUAGGAAAUGUUCCCCAUGAUUAUGGGGCAGUUAGUUCAGACUCGCAGCGUUUGCGGCUGUCGGGGGUUCGCCCGGUCGGGGCCGGAGCGGCCGAGCGGGGGCAGCAGUGGCUAAGCAGUGCCAGGCUGUGCCUCUGCCCGUGCCGGCAGCGCCGCCGAGCUCUGCGAGCCCGGGGAGCUAGGGAUCCUCGGGAGUAUCGCUCACGUUUGAAGUGCAGUCAUGUGCAUUUAACUGAACCUGCUUUAAUUUAUCUGCUGUCGUUCCGAUCUUGCGUUGAUUUAGUCGAUGGCUUUGCUAUCGAAUGUUGA